UGUUGGUUUACCAUUAUUUCAUAUGUCAUUAGUCGUGUUAGUUCAAAAUUACCCUGAUCUGCCACGGUGGCACAGUUGACUAACAACUAUGUAACUUCCAGGUACCAUUAAUUGGAAAUGUGGAUCUGCACACUUCAGAUAUUCCUCCCGGUGAAAACGGAAACAGCGGUAGUGCGGGUAUCCUACAGCAUCGCUUUCACAUCUCAUACAACUCACUAGCCCCAGACGGAGUGACGGUGGGUCAUGUCCUAACCAUCAACAACCGUUUCCCCGGGCCCAUCCUCUAUGUGACGGAGGGGGACACGAUGGUAGUGGAAGUGACGAACGGGAUACAAGACGGGCAAAACAUGACCCUCCACUGGCACGGGAUCCAUCAGAAGGGUACCCCGUUCCAGGAUGGGCCUUCAUUCGUCACCCAGUGUCCCAUUAGGGCUGGCGGGACUCAAACUUACCGAUUCCAUCUACGUCAGACAGGGACGUAUUGGUACCACUCGCAUGUGGGGUCACAGUACACGGAAGGAUUGUGGGGGGCCCUUGUAGUGCAGGGUGGGCGAAAGAUUUACAACUACGAUGCGGAAUUCACCAUUACGUUGAAUGACUGGUAUCACACGUCGGCCAAAGAGAAUGAGCAGUGGUUCCUGACAAGCCGUUCUGGAGGAUUCCCGCCCUAUCCGUACUCCGUCUUAAUGAACGGGUUGGGCAGUACGGUUGUGAAUUUACGAGUAAACCCUGCUCAGCAGAGAAACAGCAGAGGCCCGUGUUCAAGCUGAAUCCGGGAAGGAUUUAUCGUCUCAGAUUGAUUAACACGAGUGCCUGGACUUCUUUUAAUUUCGCAAUUGACGGGCCCAAGCUGCUCCCCAUUGAGGUGGACGGGGUGGAUGUCAUGGUUUCCCAGCAGUUUUACGGGAGUGAUGAUCCCGAUUCGGUUUUUAUCGGUCCUGGUCAGCGAUAUUCCUUCCUACUUAAAAAAGUCGGGGGUGUGAGCUUCAACAAACACGUGAUACGAGCCAUCCUCCGGGAAGAUCUGAUUGGCAGUCCGCCCCACAACAUUAACGAAAACGCUGCCGCUCUUAAUCCACUCGUGACGGGGUUAAUUGUCUACACAAAUGAUGAACGUUAUCGUGAAAUCACGAUUGUUCCCAUGGAUGUGGAGCCUUUCGACUACACUUCCUACAUUGUAAGGUCCCUGAUCCGGAACUAUAUUCAGGUUAAUGACUCACAUUUGGUUCCACACGACCGGAAGCUGGCGCCCCAGAGGACGGAUAGGGAGUAUGUCGUCACCGUAGUGAGAACGACCGACUCGAACAAUGUUCAUCACGUUGCAUUCAACAAUUCCGCUUUCUCCCUGCCACAUGAUAGGCCUCUGUUGAUAAGCAUGAUGCGGAAUGACCCACUACCGGCGAGCUCUUUCCCGCUCUACAUCGAACACAACGAAGUGGUCCAGUUGGUCGUUAAUAAUCCUUCGUUUGGUUUGCAUCCGAUGCAUCUUCAUGGCCAUACUUUUUGGGUUAUGGGAGCUGGUAGGUUAAAAAAAUUAAAACAGGAGGUAGGUUCUAGGGAAUUUUUACAAGUUUUGUGUUAAAUUUUCGUGUAUAGGAGAACCAGGAGAGGGUGACUACUCGCCUGAAAGACAUAAGCUGAAUCGAAACGGCAUCAGAAGGGAUACUGUGAUGGUACAAGAGUUUAGCUGGUUGGUUAUUAAAUUUAUCGCUGAUAACCCGGGCGUGUGGGCGUUCCAUUGUCAUAUUGAUUGGCAUAAUUUAGCCGGAAUGGCGCUCACUUUUGUUGAAGCACCGGAUGUAGCCAGGGCCAAGCUAAAAGUGCCGGCUGAAACAAAGAGGGUUUGUAGGCAGCAUGGUAUUAUAAUUUAAGUCUAACCGAUAUUCGUUAAAGUUACUGUAGUUUUUAAUUCUAAUUAUGUAAAUUUUAGUAUUUUCUAUGGAACUGCUUACCUAAUAGUAACUGUAUUGCGAUUAAAUAUGUACAAUCAGUUGAAUCAGUACUAGUUAUACAAUUGAUUAAAUAAGGGAUUAACUCAUAAAGUCAU